CAUAUUUGUAAUAUCAUGGCUUUGCUGUAAACCCUCUGUACGCCAUUACGGUGAAUUUGGAGCGUACGGGCGGACGAAAACGUACAUUGCGAAACUUCCCCGUAUAGAUAUGAUCCAUCAUGAUUUAUGCUCUUAAGAAAAGAAGAGGAUUAAUGGUAUACAUCAAAGGUAACUGCAAAGGUUAUGCUGGGUGUACUGUUGGAGAAUAGCCUUUGUCAGGAAGGAUUCUGCCAUCCCCAUGACAUUGCAUCAGGCGAGUCGCCAGUCUAACUUUGUAGUGAAUUCAAAGAACUAUUGUAUUGAAUCGUAUUAUUGUAACAUUGUAUGUCUGCUCCACUUUCCCUGAGAGUAUGCUGUCUUGUUGCAAUGGCGCCUGCACUCACUGACCCAGUGGUGACCCAGACAAAGUUAAAAAUAAAAUUUCCAAAAGUCUUGGACCCUUCUUUGAGCCUGCCACCAGGGAAACUUGUGGAGGUGAAAAGCAGCUUGCAAAAAGACGACAUUACCAGGAAAAAAGAGGCAGCAAGUUGUAAAGUUACCCUGAAUUCAGUUUUAAAUUUCAAACAAAUUGAGGACAGUAUUUUUAAAACUGUCGGGCUCAACUCGAAGAUCAAACAAAUCAAGAUUAUUCAGAAGGGUGGGAGCAAGAUCAAGGACCCCAGAUUGGCGGGGGUGGUUCACCAUAAAGAUAAUUCUGGUAAUUGGAAAAUGAACCAACCUUUGGAAUUUGUAAAUGGAACGCCGAAGGAGAAUGGUUUGAAAACAGCAAACGAGUUGAAAAAUUCCAUUGAGUUCAGAACAUUGACUACGAAUCUCAACGGUGAUCAUGAUCCGAUAAAUCAUAACCAAGUGACUCUUCAAAAUGGAGAUCAGGAUCAAGCAUCCAAAGUUAAUUCUGUGACAGAUAUGGUAACGGCUGUGAAUUCUGAAGCAGAAGUUGCUCGAGAUGAUAUAUGUGAUGGUGCAGAUACAGACACUCACCUUGUGGACAUCGAAAAUGACGAGAUUGAUCCUAUUAAGUCUGAGAAAGAAUUAAGUGAGGAGGUUAGUGAAAAACAACAUGUUCUUGAGAGAAGGGCAGACAGACUUUUGAGAAGGUUGCGUCGUUUACAAGGACGUCAGCUGGAAACGCACAUUCGAAAUCAAGUUGGGAGUUAUGUGAACUUCCUACACCGCAAUCUCCAGUCUGUGGCACACCGGUCCAUGGGAAUUUCAGGUCCACAUUCAGAACUCAAGGCAGAACUCUUAAAAAGUGAAGAUGUGAAGAGUUUAUCCACAGCAGCUUUAGUGAAUUUAGUGAGGAAAAUUCAGUCCACGCAAAAUCAGGCUGCACUCAGCAAACGUAUAGCCACACAAACAAAGAAAGUUAAGGAGGAGAAACCAUCUCAAAGUGUGUUGGUUAUAGAUGGACAGAUCUGUAAAGAGGCCAAUAGAGUGUCUGGACACCUCAAAACAAAUCUGCAUCACAUGCUGAACACGCUGGACUCGGAUGCCACAGAGAGCAGCUCAGGGGGAGAAAGCUGUGAUGAGGAGGAUGAGUUUGAGAGAGAAAGGAAGAUUCCUCCACCACCUUUGCAUCGGAGAGCGGAGUGGAAGUGGGCUUCUGAACGGGCAGCAGUAGCAUGCCGCUGGACAUGGUUACAGGCUCAAGUCUCAGAUUUGGAGUACAGAAUUCGACAACAAAGUGAUAUUCACAAACAAAUUAGGCAUAAUAAAGGCAGCGUUGUUCUUGGAGAGCCUCCUUCACUUGAAGAACUUGGUGCGCGCUUAAGGCAGGCUCGAGCAAAUGGCAAAUUGUUAUCCCCUAUUGAAACCAAAAUAGCAGACUUUGAUGCAAAGAAUGUGUCAGGAUCCCCUUGUAAUAUAGCUGCUGUAAUGUCCAAUGUAAAUCGCCAAGCAACAAAACUAACACAAUCACUUGGAAACUGUCUAACACCUAUACAGUCGAACUUAUUAACAGAGAACAAAUUAAAAGAUCAUGGGCAAUGUAACAACUUAAACGGUGUUGUGAACUCUGGGCAUCCAUCCUCAGUGACAGAAGAACACUCAAACGCAUUACCGGGGCCCUCGGGUGAUGCUUCUUCAUUGGAACAAUCUCCCGCCUCCUCUCUCAUGGACGCUACUUGUCAGGCCGCUCGCUGUCGCCCAGUGCGUAGUUACAGGAAGCGGAAGUUGUUGCGGACAUCUGGCCUUCAUCAGGUGUCGCGUAAAGCUGCACGACUGUCCACAGUGAAGUGUCAUUGUUCUCCGCCUUUCUCUUCUUGUCCCAUGUGCGGGGGCCGUUACAACAAUUCACAGACUGUAGAUGCCGACACCAUGCCUGUGAAUGAGAGAGUGUCCCUUCUUGAUCCAUCCUGUCACCCAGUGUUGUCUUUCAAUGAAGAAAUUCCUUUGACUAUCCACUUUGAGGCUUUGCUAAAGAGUGGAGAUUGGCAAAACAAACCACCACCGAAAACUACAAAACUCCUGCCAUCAGACAGAAAACGCCAGAAGUUGUUGGUUCCCUCCGUGCGUGAUAAAGUAAGAAAGCAGACAAAAUAUGCAAAGGGAGCAGCAACAGCUUUGCUUGCAUCAGCAAAACUGCGUAACAAGUAUGAAAAAAGGACACCAACUAAAGGCAGACCAAGUUUGAAGUCAACCAGAAAAGUCUCAGAUCUCAGAAAGAGGAGAAUGGCAGAUAGUCUUUCAUUUGCACUGAAACAGAACAAUUUUGAAGAUGGACAAUUGUCAGGAGCCUCUGAUUAUGAUGAUGAAGAUUACUUAAAUUGUGGUCGAGAUAACCUCCUCUCCUCCAGUGGUGCCUCGUCCGGUUUUAAGGAGCUGAAGGAUGCCACCAUGAGGAAACGACGGCUAGAGAGUGCCUAUGACAUUGACAACAUCGUCAUACCAUACAGCAUUGCAUCAGCAACACGCGUUGUCAAAUUAGAGUAUAAGGAAAUAGUGACACCUAAAUGGAGAGAUGUAACAGAUGCCUCUGAAGAAUUAGAGAAUACAGCAGAAGAAAAUAAAACUGAGUUACCUGAAGAGAUUGAGGAUACAUCAGAUGAAUUUUUUGCUGAUAUGCAUGAAAAAUGUGAAAUCCAAGAAAAGAAGCGUUUCCAGUCUUUCGUACAGUACCCAAGUCGUCGCAGUCGGGGAUCCAGGAAUGAUUCAGGACCCUUAACUCCAGACAUGGUGUCCAGUGAUGUAAACAUUACCAAUGAAAGUAGUGAUGGUGCACUUAAGAUGGAAGAGGAUUCUCGUCAACGAAGUUUUACCCUGUCAUCCAGUGGAGGGAGUCACACUAACCUAGCUUCUUCUCUGCGAGAGGAAGUGUUUCGUCGUAGAAGUAGUUCUGCAUCGUUGCGGCGGUCUAGUGUUAGUGUAGGCACUGACGACCUGAGUAUGGACUACGACGAUGGUGAAGUGGUAGAACCCUGGCCCAUUCGAACUUUCCCUCUCUCCGAGGAACAACUGCAAGAACUAAAAGUCAAUAUUUCUCUUUCGGAGGAAGAAAAUACAACCUACUUAACUAGGAAUAAGAUCUCAUCAAACAGUUCAUUAGUGGAACUGAACAAUGAGACCAAUGUUACUGAAGGAGCAACAACAUGUGAAGCCAUGGACACACAUGUAAGUGUGCCUCAAUCUCCCAACAGCUCAAACGGAUCAAAUUUGAGUGAAGAUCCAAACGAUCCAGAAUGGACUGUUGGCAAUGGGGAAAAAUUUGGCGACAAGAAUGGAAUUAAAUUUGGUCGUAGAUGAAACCAAGUGACCAAAUCGAAGUGCAUUACUGAAAGAUGUUAGAUUUACAAGUAGAUAAUAGCUUGUUAAGUUUUUAUUGUUUCCAUUGAUAUUGUCCAGAGUAAAGCGUGAUACUGUAUUUGUUUGCAUCACCUAUGAUGGAUAAUUCAAGAACAUUUUUUGUUAGUGCUAUUUGGAGGAAGAUAUCUUCAUUAUGCAUUUUCUGAAACAUUACAAAUUAUUUUCUUUUCACUAUUUUUCAUGAUAGGAGGUUAAACUCUAGAUAAAUAAAGGAUCAUUAAUUUUUUUAAUUUAAAAAAAAAAUAUGUCACAGAAUUUAGAACCCAUUUUGCUUCUAUGAUAUUGGAUGUACAUGUAUCUUAACUCCAACCAUUGAAAUGUUAAUACCCAUUCUUACUCACUGUUGGUUGUGUGUAUAUACAAAUGUUAUAUUUGAAAAAAAAAAUUGGUUGAAUUGUGAAAGAUUUGUCAUUUUCAAUGGACAGGGUUAAUUUUAUUUCUGAACUUUCAAGAUGCAUUGAAUUUUUUAUGCUGUUUUCUUUGGGUAUUUACAGUAAAAGAAAAUAUUUUAAAUGAAUGAUCAUAACAUCCACUUCUUUGUUGCUCCUGUUGUAUAUAUAUAAUAUGAUUUAUUUUGUAGCACAGAGAUUUUUUGUAUUAUAAUCCUGUACAGAGUUUUUUUAUUUGAAGAACUGAACAACUUGGCCUCAUAGUGCUAUACUUCUUGUUUUUUAUGACCAAUCAUUUAAAAGUUUGCAAUGAAUCUGAAAUCAUGUACGUAUCUAUAAAAAAGCACAUUUUUCAUUAAGAUAACUUACAUUCCAUGUCCCAUAACCAUGUUAAUUCUUUGAAGUGUAUUAGAACUUGGCCAACUGAGGUAAUAGUGGAAGAAAAUAAGAUUAAUUCCUUAAUUAUGUUGAAUCAUGGAUUAAUUACAGUUUUUCCAAUUUUUUUGAAUGUCAGUAUUUUUAUGGAAUUUUUGUUUUCUUCAAAAAUGUGAAUAACCAAUGUCAGUUUUCUGUGUGAACCAGUUCUGCAGGAAGACCCCCCAAAAAAUCUUCUUUUCAAGAAAUCAGUUUAUUUGAUUUAGUAUUUCUAGAACUUUGAUUUUAUUUUAUAUGAAUGAGCACCUCAUUUUGUUAUUAAAAAAUGAUCAGACCUUUUUCUUUUAGCUUAAGAUCAAACUAUACUUCAAUAGUAUGUAUGAUGGCUUCUUCAUGGAAAUGAAUUAAAAAAUAAAAGAAAAUCCUUCAAAA